AAACGUAGGAGGUGCAAAAGAAGAGAAAAGACACAGAGACAACGCCACACACUCGGUUCAGAGCUCCUCUUUCUCAAAGCUUGAUAUUUUGGCGACAAAAAUGGGAGAAGAGGAGCUAGAAGAAGAGAAUCAGCAACCAAACUCCCAAAUCGAAUCAACGGAAAACUCUGAAUCUCCGAAGUUACAAGACUAUCAGUGGCCUAAGAUUAGAUUCGAUAUUCCUCCCUACAGAACUUACCACUUUCAUAAGCAGUUCAGAACAGGUCCCAACCCUAACAAUUUUCUCAAAGGCGUCAAAUGGUCUCCUGACGGCUCUUGUUUUCUCGCCAGUUCCGAGGAUAAUACUCUUCGCCUUUUCUCCUUGCCGGAUUAUGGAAGCAAUGACCAAACUGCUGCUUAUUCUUCAGUCUCUGAAGAAGAUUCCUAUGCUGCGCAACUUGUUGUGAGUGAAGGGGAAUCUGUUUACGAUUUCUGUUGGUAUCCGUACAUGUCAUCUUCAGACCCUGUUACCUGUGUGUUUGCUACCAGUACUCGUGACCAUCCAAUUCAUCUUUGGGAUGCUACUUCUGGCCUGUUGCGUUGUACAUACCGAGCUUAUGAUGCCGUGGAUGAAAUCACUGCUGCAAUUUCAGUUUCAUUUAAUCCUGCAGGGACUAAGUUAUUUGCUGGGUACAACAAGUCUGUUAGAGUGUUCGAUGUACACCGCCCUGGUCGAGAUUUUGCACAAUAUUCAACACUACAAGGAAACAAAGAAGGUCAAACAGGUAUUAUAUCAGCAAUUGCUUUUUGUCCUACUCACACUGGAAUGCUAGCAACGGGAUCUUACAGCCAGACUACUGCAAUAUAUAGGGAAGAUAAUAUGGAGCUCUUAUAUGUUUUACAUGGCCAAGGAGGUGGUGUAACUCAUGUGCAAUUUUCAAAAGAUGGGAAUUAUCUAUAUACUGGAGCCCGGAAGGAUCCUUAUAUCAUGUGUUGGGACAUAAGGAAAGCUGUUGAAGUUAUCUACAAGUUUUACAGAUCAUCUGAAUCUACCAACCAACGAAUAGCUUUUGAUAUUGAUUGCGCAGGUCAGCAUCUUAGUACAGGUGGCCAGGAUGGUCUUGUUCAUAUUUAUGAUUUACAAACCGGGCAAUGGGUAUCAGGAUUUCAGGCUGCAGCUGAUACCGUCAAUGGUUUCUCUUUCCAUCCUUUCCUGCCAAUGGCUGUCUCUUCAUCAGGCCACCGAAGAUUUCAAAAUCUCGAGGAUGAUGACGAUGAGGAUUUGCAGUUGAGAGGUGACGAGAAUUGUGCUUCUGUGUGGAGUUUCUCGUACGAUGUUACUGCUGGAGAACAAUCUUGAAUGUAGGUCAUAUAGACAGUCCAUGUGAACAUUGAAUAUAAAUCCCAUUUUGUAACUAGAAGAACAUGUAAGAAUUUCUUUCUUCAGUGUCAUUUUCGUAAUAAUAGUACUUUUUUUGACAUAUUCAUGACAAUGAUAAAGU